CGUGUUUAGAUCAUUGACAACGAUGAUGCACACUUCGCGUGCGCGAUGCGCCCAAGAGUGCAGUCGCAGCAUCGUGAAUGCUGCAGCCGCUGUUGCUGCCGCUACACCGACGUCUUCCUGGCUGCGGCCAGUGGUGCUGGCGUGGAGAAGGGCAGCAAAGACGCACACGACAGCGACGACCACGACGGCGACGACCAGCAAGCAGCACACCAUCUGCGCCAGCUGCGGGAGAGCAGGUUGUCACCGGAUCGCCGCCUGGAGCGCCUUCGAGAGCUGGCGCGCGUGGACCUGACACACUGCGACAGCAGACACAGCGACUAUAGUGGUCACUGCAUCACUGCCAGCAGCAGGACAAGUAGCAGGACGAAGGCCGGCACGACUCCGGCCAUCACUGUGGCCAACAGCGACAAGCACCACUCGGCUGUGGUUGAUGCGCGCCACUGGAACGUGGUGGCUGGGCUGUACGCUCGCCGUGGUGAUGCCGACCGUGUCAGGGCCAUCAUGCACGAAAUGGAGCAUGCGUAUGGGAUCAUACCCACGCUGGCCACACACAACAUCCUCAUCACGGCAUAUGCCAAGCGCAACAACGAAGCGGCGAUCAAAGAGCACAUGGCGCAGAUGAUGGCAGCGCAGGAGGAAGGCAUGCGACCCGACAAGUUCACCUUCCGCGCCAUUGCGAGCAUGUAUGCGCGCCAGGGCAACACCGAAGCCAUCCGCGGCCUCAUCACCAACGACAUGCCGCUCGUGUAUGGGGUGCGGCCUGAUGUGCACGUGUACAAUGCCCUCAUCACCGCUGCCGGGAAGCACAGCAUAUCGGAUGCGCUGCAGGCAUUUGUCUUCAUGCAGAGCGGGCCACAACUGGAACAAGCAUCCCAAGAUGGGCGACAGUGCGAGAGAAGGCACAGCACAGGUGACCGUGGCAGCAGUGAGUGCGACAACAGCAGUGAUGGUGGUGGGAGUAAUGGUGGUGGUCGACACACGAGAGGGAGGGGAGGCAGAGCGUCUGGGUUGGAACGUGAUGUCGGGGAAGACGCGACGCCAACAGCCCGCACAUACACGCAGCUGCUGCAGCUGGUGGAGACACACGCGCGACGCACGGUGCAGGACGAGGUGGUGGGUGGCACGUGUUGCAUGCAAGCAGCACAUGGUGCAGGAGUUGGUGAACUGCCGUGGGGGUGCAGGUCACUUGGCGAUGUGGCAGAGUGCAUCUUCAGCCUCGCCUUGUUUGGAACACCAACAUUGCCACCAACACUACCCACAGCACCAGCAACGACAACCCUGGCACAUGCAGCAUCACAAGCCCACCAGCAGCCACCAUCACCAUCAUCGCUAUCACCAGCUGCCACCACCACGACCACCACCCCCACGACAACCACCACCGCUGCUGCUGCUGCUGCUUCGCUGGAUGCGUUUUUCUUCAACGCUGCUGUGCGGGCGUUUGCACACACGCGGCCAGCUGAGCGGGUGGAGUGGGUGGUGUCGUGCAUGCAGGCACGGGGCAUUCGGGGUACCGCCCACACGUACAGCAGCCUGCUUGUUGCGUUUGCACGCGGUGGGCAGACGACUCGGGCAGAGGCGGCGCUGAGCGCACUGUUUGCCGCCAACUUCAAACCAACAGCACAGGACAUGGCACACCUUGCACGCGCAUACGCACGCGCACACCACCAGCAACAACAAGAACAGCAGCACCAGCAGCAACAGCGGCACCAACAGCAGCAGCAGCAGGAACGGCAACAGCCACAUAAGGAACGACAGCACCGUGAACAUGACCUUCACAAACAGCUACAAGAGCACCAACAACAGCUACAAGAGCACUGGUAUUAUGAUGACGCCCGAGUACAUGUGGUGCCAGCAACGCCUGCACACGUCCAAUGCCACCACGAGCACGCGUCGUCACCACCAUCAUCGUCGUCGUCGUGGCUGUCUGAACAGGUUGCACGGGCAACGGCGUCUGUGUGUCACGUGCUUGCACGCAUGUCCAGCCGGAACCUGUUUCCACCUCCGCUCCUUCUUCCCGAAUUGGCAAGUCUCAUCGUCAUGGACACACCCCAUUUGACCAAUGCUGAUGCCAGUCGUUUGGGCAGCGAACAGAAGAUACAACAACAACAACAACAACAACAACAACAACAACAACAACAACAACAACAACAACAACAACAACAACAACAACAACAACAACAACAACAACAACAACAACAACAACAACAACAACAACAACAACAACAACAACAACAACAACAACGCCAACGCGUGUUUGCGUUUGAGGGACGACGAGAUGUGUUGGAUGCGCUCGCAUGCGCGUACCACCAUCAUCGCUUUGGCAUCGCCCUUCAUGAGCUCCUGGCGACUGUUGAUGUUCUGGCAAAUCUCAACGCCGAGCCCGCGCGUGGUGGUGACGGGGGGCGUGGUGACAGCAACGCGCACAGCGAUGGUGUCAGUCGCAGUCACAGCAACAACAGCUUCAGCAACAGCAACAGCAGCAGCAGCAACGAACACAACAGCAGCAGCUUCAGCAACAGCAGCAGCAGCAGCAGCAACGAACACAACAGCAGCAGCACCACCACCACCACCGACACCAACCACCGGGCACUGCCGUGGACACGUGUGGGCGAGCGCUGUGUUGAUGUCGUGCGUGCAAUUGAGUGGGCGGUGUCACCGAUUCACAUCACCAGCACCAACGCGGCGAUGCGGGUGAUGAUGACGAGGCAGAGGAGAAGGAGGAGUAAUAGUCACCUGUUGAACAACAACAACAACAGCAACAGCAACAGCAACAGCAGUGUCAGCAGCAGCAGGAGCAUGGGUGAUGAUGCAAGAAUGGCGAAAGGGCUAUCCUAUCGGCCAAACUCCCACUCCCACUCCCCCUCCCAUUCGCAUUCGCAUUCGCAUUCCUAUUCGCAUUCAGCACCAUUGUCACCCUUCUUGGCGCUGUCGUCGUGGAUGUCAGAUGCCACGGCAUCCCCAGCGCCAGUCACGCUGAUGGAGCUUCUUCCUGCUUCUCAUCUGGCUUCGCGCGCUCGUGCUUGCAGGCAACAAGGCAGCGCAUGUACGCGAGCAACAACAACAACAAUACGAGAGACGAUGGAGCCUGGAACAGCGGUAGCAGCAACUACUGCAGCGUGUGCGACCGAGAUGCGCGUGCAACGGCUGUGUCACCACUUGCUGUUCACCAUGUGCUAUCACACACUUGACACAGCACAUGUCUCAACCAGGACAACGCCAGCACCAUCAGCACCAGCAGCAACGACAACGGCAACAGUAGCAACAUCAUGGUCAUCACUGAAAGACAGCCUUGUGCACAUGCACGAUACGUUCCCGAGCAUGCAGCGUGUUGAGGCCGCAGCGCUGUCGUUGGUGCACAUGACACAACAGCAGUGUGAGCACUGUUGCUUGCAGGCACUGCACGCCCUCGCAACUACAACCACAGCGUCCACCCUCGCCCACGUGCUGAGACAUGUGCGUGGUGGUGAUGGUGAUGGUGAUGGUGAUGAUGGUGGUGGUGAUGGUGGUGGAGGUGGUGUUCACAGUGGUCGUGAUAGCGGUGGUGAUAGUGGUGGUGAUGGUGGUGAUGAUGGUGAUGAUGAUGGUGGUGGUGGUGAUGGCGAUGACCCAUUUCAACAGCGUCGCCUUCCCUGGCACGACUAUGACGACGACGAUGAUGAUGAGUAUGAGGAUGGUCGCCAAAGGAGAGUGCAGAGCCCUGAUGUGGUGCUGCUCUCGUGCUCGCGCGAGUUUGCACGCGAUCUGUUUGCUGCUGCGUCGCAGUUGUCGCUCACAUGCACACAUGAUGAUGAUGAUGGAGGAGGAGGUGGUGGUAGACGUGGAGAUGAUGGUGGUGGUGGUGGUGGUGGAAGAGGUGGAGGUGGAGGAGGACGAGGAGGAGGAAGCACGCUGACAGCAGCCACAGCAGCAACAGCAGCCACAGCAGCAACGUCGGCUACAACACCAUCGCCAUCAGCAGCGGUGAUGAUGACGGAGGUGCUGGGGGCGGUUCUUGCGGCCGCAGAACAACACCGUGAUCUCGACUUGUUUCGUAUGGUGGUGGAGCAGUUACAACGUCGCCGCCUACGCCCAACGCGGGAGAUGCGCGCGAGAAUGCGACGCAUUCGGCGACAGGCCACCCCCAUGGAGGACAUUGCGGUUGGUGACAAGGUUGUGGUGAAGCUGCAGACGCCCGAAAUCUCAGAGCACUUGCUUGGCAACUCGAAGCACACAACGAUUCAUCUUGGCAAGGCCGAGUUUGAGCGCGUAGUCGUGGAUUCCAUCUUGACAGAGGAGAUUGCAGACCAGACCAACACCGUCGACGACGACAUGCUGGACGUGAUGGCAUCUCCGUCGUCAGCAACAGGAGCAGCAGUUGCGUCUGGGGAUAACGGCGCUUCGUCUGCCACCACCAACACCAACACCUCCUCAUCCUCCUCCUCAUCCUCAUCCUCGUCACCGAGCGUGGAUCCACUCAGUGUUCUUCUUGGUGCAAGUGAGGGUGCAUCAACAUCAUCCUCGGAAGCACAUGCAGCACCUAACAACAGCGGCAGCGGCAAGUGACGGCAGAUGGUUGGUGGCAUGUUUGUGUGAGGGUGAGGGUGUUGUAGUUAGCGCUUGCUUGCUCUGGACUGCUGUGUGAUGUUUGUGUAUUGUGUGUGUAUUGUGUGUGUGUGUGUGUGUGUGUGCGUGUGUUUCGUCGUUCGUUGGACGUUGGCUGUUCAUAUCUACUCGUGCAUGCGUUUUGAUGGGUCACGACCUCAAGACAUUACACACAAGCGAGCAUGAACUUUUGUGACAUGCGUGCCUGUGCUGCUGUGUGUGUGUGUGGAACGAACGAAAGGAACGAAACGACAACCACCA